CAUCUCAUUCUCGAGUCUCGACUCUUCCGUUCCCACCUCCAUCCCUUCUCUUUAAACGCCCCUCCGUUUUCCCAUUCCCUUUCCCUUCCCUCUCUCUCUCGAGAUGCAGAUUCAAACCCCUGUUUCCAAGGUAACCCUAAUUUCCCUAUUCAUCUCAAAACUACUGUAUCCGUUAUUGUAAACUAGCAAAAAUUAUGUACCAAUUUAUACUAUUCUAUCUUUAGGUUUUUAGCCUAAAUGUUCCUUUUCUAUAUGCUAUGAUUUCUUAAAUUUCAUAUUUUUGUGAUGAAUUUUUAAAUAAUUUAGUCAUUAGGGCCAAAAGGGUGUCUGGAAACAGGUGUAAAAGAUGAUUCUUUAAUGUUGGUUAUGCUUUAAAGAUGAUGAAUGAGGCCGGAGAUUUUGUGGGUUUGUUGAUUUGUUAUGUGAAUAUGUUUGUCAAGGAGUGGUCAUGUUAUUGAGUGAUAGCUGUGGUGGGACUAUUGAGUCCGCCCCAUUAAAAAACAAAUGCCCGCAAAAGAAAAAAUGGGUGAAGAUCUUCUCACUAGCUUAUCGAUGGAAAGCAAUCGAUUAUCUACCCUUCUGACCAUGGAUUCUAGUUCGUCUAAUCACGAGGAAGCUGAGAGAGAGUUGAAUCGGGCGGUCAAUCUUUUGCAGCCGCCCGAUAUCAAUGUUCCUCUUUCAGCUGAGCCCAGUCCUCCCCCUCCCGUGUGGAACGAUAGUUGUGAUAUGUUAGAUGUUGGUAUUGGCCCCCAGCUUUAUGAGGUUGAGGCGAAUAAUAUUGCAACUAAGAUUGGAAAGAAAUGUGCUAAGCGGUUGGAUAGUGUUUGGGGUGCUUGGUUCUUUUUCAGUUUCUAUUUUAAGCCAGUCUUGAAUGAGAAAUCAAAGAAUAAGGUCACUUGGGAAAGUAAUGGGCUUAAUGGAUACGAUAAGUCAGAUUUGAAGCUGGAUGUUUUCUUGGUUCAGCAUGAUAUGGAGAACAUGUAUAUGUGGGUCUUCAAAGAGAGACCUGAAAAUGCUCUGGGGAAGAUGCAGCUCAGGAGCUACAUGAAUGGGCAUUCACGUCAAGGGGAGCGCCUCUUCCCUUUCAGCGUGGAGAAGGGGUUUGUUCGAUCUCACAGAAUGCAGAGGAAACAUUACAGGGGUCUCUCGAAUCCCCAGUGUGUCCAUGGUAUCGAGGUUGUUCGGACUCCCAAUCUCAAUAUUCUUGAUGAUGAGGAGCGGAAGAAGUGGAUGGAGCUCACUGGAAGAGACUUGAACUUCUCAAUUCCUCCUGAAGCCAGUGAUUUUGGUUCAUGGAGGCAUUUACCAAACACUGAUUUUGAGCUUGUGAGACCUCCAGCAUUAAAAAGUAAUCCAAGCUCCCAUCCUAAAAGAUUGCUUAGUGGUUCGAGCCUGAAUUUAUCUACGCAGACAUCAAACCAUUCAAAUGGUGCAGGGUUGGAACUUCUGGCCAUCUGCAACAAGCGGAAGAAGAACUUCUUCCCACAUGUAAAUGAUGAUGAUUUUUGUUUGCCUAUUAAUUCGAAUCAGGAUAAAGUCUUGGAUAUCCAUGCGAUUGAGCCUCCUUGGUUGAGUGAGUUCACUGGAGUUAUGAGGAGUGCAUAUGGGCCUGUGACAGCUGCAAAAACUAUAUAUGAAGAUGACCAGGGGUUUUUGAUUAUUGUUAGCAUGCCUUUUGUAGAUCUGCAGCGGGUGAAAGUUACGUGGAGAAACACUCUCUCACAUGGAAUUGUGAAGAUAUCUUGUGUCAGCAUUGGGUGUUUACCAAUGAUCAAGAGACACGACAGGACAUUUAAGCUAACAGAUCCAACACCAGAGCACUGCCCUCAAGGAGAAUUUGUUCGCGAAAUUCCCCUUCCAACUCGCAUACCAGAAGAUGCUAAAUUAGAAGCAUAUGGUGAUCCAACAGGAACUAUGCUUGAGAUUCUUGUUCCUAAGCACCGUGUAGGACCAGAAGAGCAUGAGGUCCGUGUCUGUCUUCGCCCUUCUCCUUGGAGUGAGCGUGCAUAUGUUGACUUGACAGAGGCUUUGGUCUGAUGAAUGUAAUGGCUGUCCAGUCCAGGAUUGCUGUUUCAUUUUAUUUACUAACUGAUCUCAUAAUUGGAGAUUAUCAAGUAAUUGUGCUGUUCAAGAAAAGUACUUUUUUUCUUUUCGUCGUCCUAUUCCUUUUCUUUAACAGAAUGAAUCUUCCUCGUAUAGAAGACUUGUCUAGCAGUAUUGGUGGUCGUCAGUCAAUGAAUAGUCUAUAGAUGAUUUUAGACUUAGUGGAUUUUUUGUUCCUUAAUUCUUAGAAAAUUUGUAUAACUCAGAUAUGUUUUCCAGUUUUAUGAAUCCAAUAUUACUUAUUUUAUUCUUAACAUGUUA